ACUUUUGCGGUGCAUUUUGGCUAUUUCUAAGGUCGGAAUCGAGAUAGAUGCGAGGGUUUUGACGUUUUCUGUAGCCUUUACUGGUUAAAAUCACUCAUGCCUUGUAUUGUCUUAUUUGCCAGGGUCUUACACCGCGGUAACACCCAGAGAUUGCGGCGUUCGUGUGACUGUGAUGUUUUUCUUUUUAAAAAUGCGUUUUAUUGCAAGUGAACACCAACAAUGAUGGACGACGAGGAGUCUUUUGACUUUUGCUUGUGGAGCUCGGUUAAUUGUAGGAAGUGGAGACCUUUUCUGCCCUCUGCAACAGUGAAAUAAUGGCAUGUCGAGGUGUUUGCUGUUGUGGGUUUGGUCCAGCGAACGAAGACAACGCAAGGUUUAUAAUGCUGGCGCUCCUCAUUCUUCUGUACCUCCUGUGCGGAGCCGCUGUAUUCUCAGCACUUGAGCACCCCAAAGAGAAACAGGCGAAAGACAAGUGGUGUCAGAGAUUCGAGCACUUCAGCCAAAAGCACAAUCUGAGCAAAAGUGACUUGGAAAGCUUUCUCAGAUACUACGAGGAAGCCACCAUAGCUGGGAUCCGGGUGGACAACCUAAAACCUCGCUGGGAUUUCCCUGGAUCUUUCUAUUUCGUCGGGACAGUAGUUUCCACUGUUGGGUUUGGGAUGACCACCCCCGCCACAGUCGGCGGAAAGAUCUUCCUCAUCUUUUACGGCCUAAUUGGCUGUGCGGCGACUAUCUUGUUUUUCAACCUCUUCCUGGAGAGAAUCAUAACCGUGCUGGCCUUCGUUCUCAAGUCCUGCCAUGAAGUGCGACACCGGUGGAAGGGCGUGCUUCCUCACGGCAGCACGCGGGCCUCGGGCAGCAGUAGGCAUGGGGCAGGAGACGGCCUGGCGGGGUGGAAACCCUCCGUCUACUGCGUGAUGCUGAUCCUCUGCGUGGCGGCCGUGAUCAUAUCCUGCUGCGCUUCCGCCAUGUACUCCUCCAUGGAGGGAUGGGAUUACUUGGAUUCGCUUUACUUCUGCUUCGUGGCGUUCAGCACCAUUGGCUUUGGGGACAUGGUGAGCGGGCAGCGGGCCUCGUACCCGACUCAGACCCUCUACAGCCUGGGGAAUUUCCUCUUCAUCUUGAUGGGAGCCUGCUGCAUUUACUCGCUCUUCAACAUCAUCUCCAUCGUCAUCAAGCAGGUGCUCAACUGGCUCCUGAAGAGGUUGCAGGUGCCGUGUCGCCACUGCCCGGGAAGGACCCUGCGGCCGGGCCGGAACGCCGUGGUGCCCGGACACUUCCGGACACGCGUCCGCAACAUCUCCAUAGACACAGAUGCCGUGAACGAGAGCGAAACGGACGGGCGCAGGAUGUCCGGCGAGAUGAUCUCCAUGAGGGACUUCCUGGCCGCGAACAAGGUUAACUUGGCCAUAAUGCAGAAGCAGUUGUCCGAGACGGCCAAUGGCCAUCCACGACCGUCCGGCUCCGCUAACCGGCAUAAUGAAUUCUCUGGUGGGGUUGGAGCAUUGGGCAUUAUGAACAACAGGCUAGCAGAGACCAGUGUAGACAGAUAAGUCUGACUGCUGACAUGCAGAAAAGAAGGAAUCCAGUGGAAAGCUGUAAGGCUAUAUUGUGCUAUACAGAUCUAAUUAUGGAGGGCAGGGGAAGUUUGUAUAUUCUCUGCUUCUCUUUUCAGUGUCUGUGGAGCUGUAAAUAUUAAUUGCUGCUCUGAAUGUGUGUUCAAGCAGCAUCAAAGGUUCAGCUGCAUUAAAGCCUAACCUUCUGAUUAUAGCACAUCUGUUGUCUACAGUCAGGUUCAGCCUGUCACUCCAAGUUGAGACUAAGAUGAGCCUAAAAUGAGCCAAAGCUGAAUCGAGAGAAGUCGAAAGCUUCUACAGUGGCAUAGGCCCACUCUCUGUACUAAUUAGUUUUCAUACACACCUCUAGAAAGAAUUAAGUGACCACUGCAAAAUGAUUAGUUUCUCUUAUUUUACUAUAUAUUGGCACCAUGUUUUAGUAAAAUUAACAAUUUUGUUUUAUUCUAUAAAUUACUGAAAACAUUUCUCCAAAAUUCCAAAUAGAAAUAUGUAGAGCAUUUAUUUGCAGAACCUGACAACUGGUCAAAAUAUUUUAAUUUUUUUCAGAGUUGUAUUUCAUGUACUUUAAUGCCAUCAGCCUCUUAAAAAUAUUGCGCCUUUGGGAUACAUGAUCUUGAUAAAUCAUGCAAGUGUGCAUAUGAUGCAAUUUUUUCCAGCAGUACCUCAUCCUUUUGAA